UAGUCACAGCUGAAAAGAUGGCGCCCGAAUGAAGGACGCUCAAUUAAAAGAGUGCAAGAUCUUGUUAAACUUGUAUUAUUAAUAAUAUUACAUACUUUUUAAGAAAUGAGUAAUCUUUCGCCAUUUGGAGGUGGCAAAAACCCACCAUGGGUUCGCAAUGCAGGACAAGGCAUUCAAAACAUUCAACAACAAAUGUUAGGUCAGGCGAUGGGUAGUAUAGGUGGGCAACCUAUGGUUCAAUAUCAACAGCAAACUCAACAAGUCUAUCAACAAAGCUUGGGAUUACAACAGCCCAAUAUAACUAUGGCUUCAAUGGCAACGCUCGGAUCUAAUUUGCCAUCCGGUAUAGCAGGGCAGUUAUACCCGCAAGUUGCUACAGUUUCAUAUCCAACACCAAGAGGGUUAAACACAAAUGCAUUUCAACCUUCUGUAUCUGGUGUACCACAGCAAGUGCAACAAAAUGUACCUUCGUCGUCUACCAAGCAAAGAGUUUUUACUGGCACAGUAACUCAAGUAUACAAUACCUUUGGUUUUGUGGACGAAGACGUUUUGUUUAGAACUAAGGAAUGCGUUAAGGGUUCCAAUCCAGUUGUUGGCGAUCGUGUACUUGUAGAAGCAUCAUACAACCCAACCAUGCCAUUUAAAUGGAGCGCUACUAGAAUACAAGUACUCCCUAUGGGGAAUAAUAAUAGUAAUACUAAUACACAGCAAAAUAAUCAAACUGCCUGUCAACAGCAGCAACAACAACAGCCACAACAAAAUCGAACCUCAGGAACAUACAACGCUGUACCUCCACCUACCGAAAAUGCUAACAAUAGAUUUACAACUAGCGCAACAAGCGCUAAUACCGUUAGUAAUCGCAACAAAGUUGGAAGAGUAAGAGAAAGAUCUCCUCAAAAACGCAAAAACGAAGAAGACGAGAUUGAAAGAAAGAGACGUCGCGAAGAAAGAAUCAGAGAACGCGAAAAGAAAGAAGAACGCAGUCCAUCGAGGACUAGAAGAAGUAAAUCUCCGAGACCACGACGACGUACCAGAGUUGUACCUCGUUAUAUGGUACAGAUACCAAAAAUAGCUCUCGACUUGCCUGAAGCAGAUGUGCUUGAAAUAAGAAGACGUUAUCAAAAUAUGUAUAUACCUAGUGACUUCUUUUCUACUAAUUUCCGAUGGGUCGAUGCAUUUCCGCCACACAUGCCAUUUGCUCUUAAUAAACCAUGUUCUUUCCAUGUUAUGCAUAAGGACGUUGAUCCUUGUAUUGAGAAUACAGCAGUACUAGAGCCCUCAGAUGCUGAUUAUCUUUUUUCGGCGAAGGUUAUGCUGAUAUCCAUGCCUGCCAUGGAGGACAUAUAUAAACGGUGUUGUGGUGUUUCUGAGGAUAGAGAUCCAGAUCGUGAUUAUGUACAUCCCACACGGUUAAUAAAUUUCUUGGUAGGCUUACGAGGUAAAAAUGAAACGAUGGCUAUUGGUGGGCCGUGGAGUCCUUCUUUGGAUGGUCCUAAUCCUGACAAGGAUCCAUCGGUUCUGAUCAGGACAGCAGUGAGGACUUGUAAAGCGCUCACAGGAAUUGAUCUAUCCAGCUGCACUCAGUGGUACCGCUUCCUGGAACUCUACUACAGACGUGCUGAAACGACCCACAAGUCGGGGCGAGUGGUGCCCUCUCGCGUUGAAACCGUCAUACUAUUUCUCCCAGAUGUUUGGAGCUGUGUACCUACCAGAUUGGAAUGGGAUGGCCUGCAACUCAACUAUAAGAAACAACUGGAGCGAAAAUUGCUGCGCGCUGUCUCUAACCCUGACGAAUCGGAUGCUGCCAAUGACACUGAUGAGGCUGCCGUCGCUGAUCAAAAGGAUGAUCCUGUGCCCGAGAAAAAGGACCCCACUCAUUAUUCUGAGCUGGAUCCAAAAUCUCUGAACGUGACCGAACUACGACAAGAAUUAGCUGCGCGUACUUUAAAUUGCAAAGGGCUGAAGUCACAGUUGCUUGCAAGACUUACAAAGGCGAUAACCUCAGAACAAGCUAAGGAAGAAGGAAGACAAGAUGAUGUCGACGAAAAUGAAAAAGAUAUUUCACCACCACCGAAGGAAGAAGACGAUAAGAAAUUCAGAGAUACUAAAGAUCACGAUGAAGAUAGAAGGAAGCUUUGUGAACGCGAACGUGCUUCUCUUGAGAAACGGUACACUUUACCGGAAUCGUCUCACAUCAUCGUUCAUCCUUCCAGAAUGGCUAAAAGUGGAAAGUUCGAUUGUACCGUUAUGUCUUUAAGUGUACUUUUAGAUUAUAGACCAGAAGAUACAAAGGAACAUUCCUUCGAAGUAUCACUAUUUGCGGAACUCUUUAACGAAAUGUUAAUGCGAGAUUUUGGUUUUCGAAUUUAUCGGUCAUUGUGCAGUCUUCCUGAAAAACCUAAAGAAAAGGACGAGGACAAGAAGAAGGAUAAGAAAGAUGACAAGAGAGAUGAAAAGAAGGACGAUAAAAGGAAGGACGAUGAGAAAAAAUGUAUUAGGAAAGAUGAAAGGAAAGAUGACAAGAAACGAGAAGGAAGUAAGGAUAAGAAGGACGAUAAGGAUGCAAAAAUUAAAACUGAUGAUAGAGAGCGAGAAAAGGAGAAGAACGAUGACGAUGAUGACGAAGAAGAAGAAGAAUCUGACGAUGAUGAUUCAAUUAAAGAUGGCAGAAGAGAUAGAGAUAGGGAUGGAAGGAAGAGGAAGACAAAAUUGUACACAUACGAUCCUUACCUUUUACUAUCUUUUGUUUAUUUUGAUCAAACUCAUUGCGGAUACAUAUUCGACAAAGAUAUCGAAGAACUUAUUUAUACUUUAGGAUUGAAUUUGUCAAGAGCUCAAGUUCGUAAAUUAGUACAAAAGGUAGUAACAAGGGAUUCUUUGCAUUAUCGUAAACUAACAGAUAGAUCCAAGGAAGAUGAUCCGAAAGAGAAAGAUGAAAAAGAUACAGACAAGGAUGAAACUAAGACAGAGAACGAAGAAGAGAUACUACGUUCGUUAGCACUUGGAAACAAAAAAUUGUUACCAGUAUUUGUUGGAAGUGGACCACCAUCGAAGAGAGCACGUAAAGAUAUAACCUCAGAGCAAUCCGAUGAACCAAUCAUAUCGGAAGGUUUUGUCAUGUACAAAGGCUCUUUAUUAGAUGUAGAGAAACUCGUAAGCCAAUUAAAGAGAUCGGAAAAGGCUCGAUUAGAUACGGAAGAACGCAUGAUGGAGUUGCAGCACGAGCUGACAAUAGUAAACGAUAAAUCUACAAAACAGACAAAUAAUAUUAAAGUUCUUUCCGAAGACUUGAAGAUGUACAAAGAUAAAUUAAGGAGUACAGAUGAAAAGCUCAAGAAAGUAUCGACUGAAUGUCAUACAUAUUCCACCGCAGUGAAAAAUAUAUAUCAUAUAGCAGCGAAGAUGAUGCAGUCUGAUACAAAGAAAGUAGAAAUCGUUGAGAUACAAGAUGAAAAAGUUAGCGAAGUGAAUGGAUCUGAAAUUGAGAAUAAGUUUAAAACAGAUACCAGAUGGGGGGACAACAAGAUUGCGUUAAAGAAAGAUUUUCCAGAAACAGAUAAAGACAAAAAAUGUGACAAUUAAGUUUCGGUUAAGGAGGAAGUUACGGAUAAAGAAAAGAAGUAAUAGACAUUACGUUCUUUAUUUAUUGUAAAAGAUGCUCGCGCGUUGACAUAAAAUUCUAGCUGUAUUAGUAACAAGAAAGCUAUAAACGUGUUUAGUGGCGAUAGCACGAAAGGUGGAUGGGAUAAAGUUUCCCCACGAGAAAGUAAAUGACUCUGAAAAAAAAAAACCUGUUUUAUAACUUUUUUCACUCAGUGACAAUGUGUGGUAAACCUGUUUCUGUGCAUAUUACGUUAGAGAAAAACUAGUACACAUAAACGAUACUGAAUUAUGCAGAUAUUAGAACGGAUUAUUGCAUCGCAAGUUUUCAUAAUCAACUUGUCAAAUUUUAUGCAGAUAUAGACGAAAUCCUUAAAAAUUAUUAAAAAUACCUAACGUGCCAGGUACUAAUUGACAGUGUAUAUCGUAAUCUCGAAAUAAGUUUACAUUAAACAUUGUCAUCAUUUUACUAGUACAUUUCAAAUUUUAAAUGAACUUUUAAAUAAAUCCAGUCAUUUAUCACUUCAUUGAUACUUGAAAAAAUUCGUUUUCUUUUUCUUACUUUAUUUUGUUUAAUGAUAAACUGUGAUCUCCUGAGAGAACAUUUAUCACGACGCAAAGUUCUUUUUCUUUUGAUAGUUUGUAUUUAGAAUCAUAACCAUAGUGUCGUUCCUCUUGCGCAUGGAUUAUAAGCAUAUUUAUAAUCCUUAAGUGAGCUUAGAUGAAUUUCAUUUAUCACGGGUAACUUCUCUCUCGACACAGCAAUCGAUUAACACGUUUAACAGAUAGCAAUGUGUUUGUAUUAUGUUGUAAACGUAUUUAUUGUUUUGUACACAGAAGGCAGUAUGAAAUAAAACUUUUUAUGCGUUAUGCAUAACACCAAUCA